AUGUUGAGGGAUCAACCUGAAAAAGUUAUGAAUGUGCUGAGAAUGGAAAUAUGGAUGAUGGAUGAAGAACUCUAUGAAACAAUCGAUCAUUGGAUGCUGGGUGAAAUGACUACUGGCAAUAAAGACAAGGCAUUGUCUAAUCUUUAUCCAGGGCCUUGUCCAAGACCCGGGGAACAAUUUUUGACUGCUUUCCCAGGAGGGGAGGCAAAAUGUCGUUCACGUGUGAUGGGUGUCUGA